CGCUCUCUCGACCGUCCAGCAGCAGUAGCAACAGCUCCACGAUGUCGCUCUUCUCGCUCCCGAACGUGCUACGGCGCAGCGUGCCGUCCGACGGCAGCGACAACGCGCCGGCGGUGCGCCCCUCGGUCGUGUCGACCAACCACCUGAACGCGCAGCUCGUGGAGGAGGCCAAGCACGUGGACCAGCACCUGUUCUUCGGGCCGCAGCAGACCGUGUUCGAGGGCGAGCGCCAGCGCGUGAUCCACGGCGAGCGCAAGAUCCAGAAGAACAGCAAGCGCUUCUGGCUCAUGUCGGAGCCGCUCAGCAUGGAGCGCGACAGCACCACGUCGCUCAUCGGCUUCCCCACGGAGCCGCAGGCGCGCGCGGGCGGCUUGGGCAGCAAAGUGUCGGCCGCCACGCGCUUCCUGGGGCAGAAGGUGGCGCAGAUGAAGUUCCCGCCCUCGCACGUGAACGAGGACUCGUUCUGCGACGGCUGCGGCAUGGACCCCAUCGUGGGCAACAUGUACUCGUGCUCCAAGUGCGUCAACUACAGCCUGUGCGAGAGCUGCUACCAGCUGGGCAUCCACGGCUUCGAGGACUCCAAGCUGCUGCUCGAAGUGCGCGAGGACUUUGCGCUGCGCAAGGUCAUGGACGUGUCCAAGAACAAGGUGCCCGAGGAGGUCUUCACGGUGCUGCUCAAGACGGUGUGCCGCGGCCAGGUGGACAAGUUCAACUUCCUGGCCAAGUGGAUCACGGCCGUCGUGCUCGGCCAGCCCAUCAACACGCUCGAGGUGCGCGGCAUCGAGAUCCCGCACCUCGACGCCGAGACGCGCGGCACGCUCGUGCAGCUGCUGACCCCCGUGCUGGCUGACCGCACGGACCUCGAGGUGUGCAUGGAGUGGUUCUGCCCGGACGCAGACAACAUGGACCUGCCCGGUGUGCAGCGUCGGAUGGAGACCAUCCGCAUUUGGGUGGCCACGGACAAGGACCAGAAGUCGCCCUUCGCCACGAAGGAGGCUCUCAAGGAUGAGGACACCGAGUCGGACAUGUCCCCGACGAGCGCCAACGGAGACGUCAUUGGCUCUCCUGGCCCGGCGAGCCCCGUGUCAGAGUCGCCGUGUGUGACGCCCCCGCCGUCUCCCUCUGGAAUUCGCCGCAAAUCCACGGGAGCGACGUCAAUGACUUCCGAGUCUUCUUCGCAGCUCUCUCCCCCGCGUCUUGAUGCGCUGACGCUCGCCGACAAGGUCGUCGAGUACUCGUACGAGGACGACGACGAAGCGUACAUGUCGGACUCGGUCAAGAGCGAUAUCGAGCCCCGGAAAGUUGCCAGUUUGUCGCCCUCCUCCGGUCAGCGAUCGGAAGGCAUCCAGAUGUAAGAAGAACGAGGGGAAGGCCGAGAGACCGACUGGCGGACACACGACGCAGCCGUGAAUGAGCUGGUGAUCGCAGCGGAUCGUAGAGGUGCUGCGCGUCCAGUCCGCGGGCUUCUUGGUCUUCCUUCAUUUUGUUAUUUUCAUUUUCGCUUUGCACUCGGAAUGUAAAAAGGGUUGCUCAUUGCCUAUAUAAAAGAUCUGUCCGCAAGCACUGUUCCGUUCUACCGAUAGCAAAGGCGAAGAUGGCUCCAUUAUCCGUUCGUUCACUUCGUGAAAAUAAAAGUCUCCCAUCUC